GUGUAGUACAGAAUUAGGACGUAUUAUUAAUCGUGGUGCUCCGUGUAGAGUUUGUAAGCUACGUGUUUGCAAGACUUGUCGAGAAUUUACAACACGUACAACAGAUUGGGUUUGCAUAGUUUGUCAUAAACAAAUGGAAAUUCACGCUGCAAGUGGUGAGUGGAUAAAUGAAUUCACAAAUAAUCAAAAGACAAUAUCAACAUCUAAAGAAUUUAUAUCUGCAUCGGAUAUUUUGAAAAAAAGUAUUAGACGUUCUUGGACUAUAUCAAAUCCAGAGGAUGAACAACAAAAUCAAUUGAAUAAUUCUCAAACUGGCGUCCAAAAUAAUUAUAAUAAUCAUAAGCAACCAAUUAGAGUACGAACAACUGGUAGUCAUCCCAUUUUGACUAGAUAUCCAGCGGCAGUACCAACACAUCAAACAUAUUUAGCACAACAAAGUUAUCAAUCAACACAAAGUAUGGACUAUAAUGAAAUAAAUAGUUAUCAACAUCCUCCGACGCAAAGGAGAGUAUUGCGACAAUCAACAUUACCAACAACAACAACAACAAAUCCAGAUGGAACACAAUAUUAUUAUCAGAAUCAAAAAAAUUUAACGGCACCAACAUCACCGAAAUGUCAAAUUAGUCCACAAUAUAGUAUGUCGUAUAGUACUGAGAAUGUUGUUAUUAAUAAUAUUGUACCCGAAUGUGAUAUACAACCACCACUACCACCAAAUCAAAUUAGUAUUGGUAUUGUACCAACAAUACAAUCACAACCAGCGCAAUUACAACCGGAAUCACCACCACCGACACAACAUCCUGGUAGAUUAACUGUGCGACGACAAUCAACUCUACCUUGUUUACCGACUGAAUCUUCACCAUAUUUCUAUAUGUCAACUUCACCAAACCGUUCACCGUACAGUCGUUCACCAGAACGUUCUGAAGGCUAUCCACCAUUAUUUAGACAAUCGACAUUACCAUCUAAUUUAAGUAUUGAUGCACCGGCGCCUCCACCAUAUGUACAUAGGCCAAAAUUAUUGCCAACUUCACCGAAUCGUUUAACAGCAAAUUAUGUGCCACAAAUCCAACAAUCUGAUGAAAAUUUAUUAGCUGGAGUUGAUUAUAUGCCACCCCAAAAACCUCGUGUUACAAGGCAAGCAACAUUACCUAAUCCAGAACAGCAUGUAAAAUUACUACCUACUUCGCCACCAAAACGACAACACUCUCCGAGUUAUAUAAAACGCUCACCUGAAUUUACACGACAAAAUACUUUACCUAACCCGGAUCAAUUUAAUUCAUUAACCGUUCAAACACCGAAUGGAAAAUUUUUACCCAUUUCUCCUAGACAGAAACAAAAUUUUCUCUUUCCCACACCUGCCCCACAUUCAAGAACAUUUCUGUCACAACAAAAUGUACCAACAGUCGCUGAAGCAGAUCAAUAUAACAGUAGUCAAAGCGUAAACAUUCAUAAUCCAAAUGCAAAAAUGAUUAAGGUUCGUAGUCACAGUAAUGAAGAAUACACAAUAACAAGACCAUAUGCAACAGAAGGUAGAAGAUUACUACCAGAAAUACCAAAAUCUCCAAGAUCUUUAAAUCGCUUGGUCAGACAGGAUCACGUAAAAGAAGAUGCACAACAACAAAUUCUAGAAAGAAAUUCUGUAGGUCGUAGAACAUUUGCUGAAGCCAAGCAGAAUUUACCAGAAUACGGUGAUGAUAGAUCUCAACAGGAAUAUUCCGAUUAUUAUAGUGAUAAUAGUUUCUUAGAAGUUGAUGAAACUCAUUAUGAAAAUAAUUGUAGUACCGGUUAUAAUAGUGAGCCAAAAAUGAUAUAUAACGAUAGUUCACAAGAAAUGGAUGCAAUGUGCGCUCCACCUAUUCGCAGUGCUGAGAAUUUUGCAAACGGUCAAGAAUCAGAUUAUCAAACUGUAGAAGAUAGCAAUUACAAAGCAAUUCGUCGCGAACAAAUAAUACAGUAUAAUAGACAACGUAGGCGACGUUCAAGAGAAGCUUUAGAAAGUACGGAAAUGACUGGUGUUACUACAAUAAACACAGAGGAAGAAAUUAAUGUUACCGUUAGCCGGCGGAAACCUGAAACAAUGCGUUCAAUUUCAGAGGACUCGGGUGCUAAACCUAUAGUUAAACCAGUUACAAGAAGGUCAUUAUCUCAUCCUGAAAAAGAACAGAGUGAUAAAAGAAAUGAACAAAUAAAAAUACCGAGUCCAAAACCGCUCAUUGAUAUUUGUGAAAAAGGAAAAAAACCAAGUAAAUUGCCAGUUAUACCAAAGCGACGUAAUAGUAAAGUAAACGAAUACGGCGAAUUCAAUACGCAACAUUUGGGUGGCGAAGUACAAUCACCUCAACAACAAUCUCAGCGAAAGGAUUCAAUGGAUUUAUCCUCUGGCGGCCAAGAUAAAAAUUCUGGAAAUAAGUCACCAGAUAAGAAUAUGCCUUUAAGCAAUAACGAUAAUCCUAUAUCACAGUAUCAUCAUGCGAAUAAAUUAGAAGAAAAAAAUAAUGAUAGUAGUGACACAGUUGGAACAGCAAUAAAAUUAGAAAAUGCUGAUUUUGGCAGAAAACUAAAUGGUGAUGAUGAUACCAAAGAUAGUAAUGGUAAAGGAAACGAUGAUGAUGAAGGAAAAGUAAAAUGUGAAAAUGACAAUAAAAGCUCUACAGAUGGUGUACAAGAGCAUAAAACAACGUUAGGUGAAGCUGAAAUUCAGAGUGCUGUUGAAGCUGCAGCUGUAAUAUUUAAAAAAGUUGUCCUACAGAGACGUCAGGAAAAGAAAGCUGCUGAAGAAGGUGAUCUGACAAAAAAAUAUUCAAUAGCAACACCUUAUCAUGAUGAAAUAAUAUCUGAUCAAGAAACUUCUUCUUCAACUUCAGGAAUGAAAAUGUAUUACACUGAAGGCGAUGAAUAUAAAAUCGUCUUUAUAAGUUCAGAUUCAUCUAGUAAAGAAGAGGAUUUUGAAGAUACAAGUUCAACAACAUCAUCAACCCCAAAUUGUAACAGUAUUAUUUUAGAUGAUUGUGAUUGGGAUUAUUUUGAGCCCGGUGCAUCCGGGCUCACAAAACAUAUAUUACGUUCACCAUAUGAUUCACCAUUGGUCCGUCGUAGAUUUAAUAAUAAUAAAUCUCAAUCACCGAUUGAUUCACCAAUAUUUUAUAGACGAAGUGUACUAUCAGAAUCGUCAAAUUCUUCGGUAUCACGACAAAAAAUGCGUGAAAGCGAUACAGGAACAGAUGAAGAAAUGUUAAUGCCAGCUGAAAGUUCAUCUCCAACAAGUUCAGAUGGUUUUCUUGCUAAUAAAAAUGAAAUGUCUAUAAGAAAUCGUAUUAAAACUAAAUUCCUUCGACAUAAUAAUAAUUAUAGUGGACAUUCAUCUUCUUCAUCUUCUUCUGCUAAACAAAAUUUUUAUUCCAGUAAUAAAGUUGAAUCAUCAUCUUCGAAUACUUCAUCAUCAUCUUGUAAUGGAAAUAAAUCUGGUAUACAAAAUACGCAAUCAUCAUGUUCUUGUGGUGCAAAUAAUACAACUGGAAUAUCUAUUCAACCACAAUAUGUUCCUAUACCAGUGCCAGUUCCAAUACCUGUGCCAAUUUCAGCAUUUCAAAAUUGGAAUCCUACUGAUUUACUUUUAACAGCUUCAAAUACAGCAAAUUUAGUAAUUUCAAAUGAAACUAAAAGUCACGAAAAUGAAAUGUGCGCAGCGAUACAACAAUUAUGGCAAAAUGCAACGCCAACUUUAUUACAAAAACAAAUUCAUGAACAAGCAUUAAAUGUUUUACCUCCACAAAUACAACAACAAUUACUUUUAAAACCACAAAACAAUUCAGCUCUAUAUCAACAGCAACAAAAACAGCGACAAGAAAUUGUACAAUACGAGCAUAAAGAUACACAACAAAAACUAAACGAGUUUAAUGAAAUUAUUUCCAGAAGCUUACCUGAAACCAUAAAAGAAAUAAAUAGAAAAGAAAAUAAAAAAUUCAUACCGGCCAUUAAAACUACAAAUAAACCUGUAUUGCUAACAAAAUCGUCAUCAUCACCGGUUUUAUUCAGUGAAGCGUUAACAACUUCUGAGAAUAAAGAAAUUUUUCAAUUGGGCGAUGGUGUAGUACUAAAUGAAAAGCAAUCGGAAAUAAAAUUAAAUGAUAAGCUAUCGGUUUCGUCUUCUUUGAUGUCUAUUAGUUCAUCAUCAAUAUCUUCAAUGCCACUCUUAUUACCGUCAACAUUAACCACAAAAUUACCUGUAUUUUUGUCGCGUUCAGAUGAUCAUUAUGAUGCUAGUAGCUCGUCAGGUUAUGCUACAGAAACUACAAUAUCGUCGGCUACAUUUACCGGUAAUUUGAGUGAAUUUUCUGCAUCAUAUACUAGCACAAAUUCAGUACAAAACGAUACGCGAACGUGUACAAAAGAAUAUACAACGAAAAAUAAUAGUUCAGAUAAUAAUGAUUUUAAUUUACAAUUGUCGCGUUCCAUUAUAAACGAAAAUUCGAUAUGCGAUAAUAAAUUAUCGAUUCGUGAUAAUAACGAUAAGAAACAAAUUUCAUUUACUGAUAACAAAACCAAUAUCGCAAAAAAUACUCAACAAAAUUCGGUAACAUUUUUAGAUUCUACUUUAAUAGCAACGAAUGAAAUCGGUUCAAAUGAAAAUAACUCUAAUAUACAAUUUAAAAAAAUAGACUGUAGUAAUAAUUUAGAUUUAGUGGAAGGUGAAAUAAAGUUAAAUGCUCAACAUUUAAUAGAAGAAAAUAAUAAAAUAACAAAAAUUUCAAAUACGUCCAAUACAAUUAAAACAAAACUGGUACAGGAAAGUACUUUUAAUGUUGAAAAUAUAAAAGGUAAGAAACAAGAUUUUGGAGAAUUUCAAGUGGAAAAUUCAAUUGCUGCAGAAAGCAAGCCAUAUAAACGUGGUAAUUGUAAUAAUAAAAAAUUACAAGAAAAAAUUAACAACGAAAGAAAAUACAACGAUUUAAAAAAUAAAAAUUUCUGCUUGGCUAAGAAUAACAACAGCAAUAGCAAUAACAAUAGCAAUAACAAUGAAAAAAUUGGGGACGUUGACACUAAUUCUGUAGCAGCUAUUAGCAAAAAAUAUAACAAAAAUUAUAAUUUAGAUAGUAGCAAUAGUAGUAAUGUACGACCAUUGAAAGAAAUAAAAAAUUCACCGCCAUCGUCGUUGCCAUUAUUACAAGCUGUUGAAAAUAUUAAUAAAACGCCAUCAUUAAAUAUAAAAGGAAAAAAUUUUAAAGAGAAUAAAAUAUCAAAAAAUAUUGCAAUGAUUACUAUUGGAAAAAUUAAAUCCUUUUCGGAGGACAAUAAUAAUUCUAGCGGUUAUUUAAUAUCAGAAAAUAUGUUCUCAUCAUCAUCUGAUUCAGAAACAUCUAUUGAUAAUCAAAAUCAAUCAAGUGAUGAUGAUGACGAAAAUUGUUAUAUCAAAAGAAUUAAUAACUCUAGCAAUAAUAACAAUAACAGCGAUAAUUUAAUAAGAAAAAAAUCCGUUAAACGUAGCUAUGAUGUGGCUAGUGCUUCUGGUGUUCAAAAUUUAAUUAUUUCAGAUAAUGAAAAUGUUGAAAUGCGAGCACAACAACAACAACCCAGUAUUUCAUCUAGCAGUCAUGCAGAAUCACAUUAUUCAACCUCAGAUAAAGAUAAUACUACAUCAUCUAGUUCAGAGUCAAUUGAUACGGAUGACACUGGCACUAUUGCUGAUCGUCGACCAAAAUCUACAAAAACGUUUUCAAAAGUAUUCAUUGUUAACCGUAAUAAUGCAUCAUCGGGUAGCGAUUCUCAAAGUUCUGAUGCGAAUCUUGAAGAUUCAUCCGACAAUGAUACUGAUACAGAACGUGAUUGUGGUAUUAUUCUUAAUUAUAUUAAAUCGUUGUCAGAAACUAAUUUAUCAAAUAAUUCCGACAAUGAAUUUAAUAAAUCAACAGCAACAACAUCAAGAAGUACCUCAAAUGAGGAAAUUAAUUUGAUACAAGAUGUUGCCAGUGACAUUAUAAAUAAUAACGCCAGCGAAAACGACCAUAACUCAGAAAAUGAUCAAAAUAUUACUGAUACUGAUAAUAACAAUGAUGUCGUUGAUUUUGAUACAAAUAGUAAUCCUAGUAAUGUACUUAAACAAAAAGAGGCGUAUCAAAGAGAUGACAAUAUUGAAGUGUUUACUGACAAUUCUAUUAAUUUAGUUGCCAAUAAUAAUAAUCAAAUUUUAUCGAGUAUUGAAAGUGAUGGUGGUAUAAUUUUAAAUUCAGUACGGAAAUUUUCAUUCGAUAAUCAAGACAAUAACAAUGUGCCAAUAAUCGGUUCUAAAUUUAAUUUUACAUUGAAUGACAAUCAAAUAGAAAAAAUAAAAACAAAAAGUGACAAUUCUAACAGUUCUAAUUUUAAUGAAAUAAUUGAAAACAAUAAUUGUUCUGAUAAAAAUAAUGAAUUUCCAAUAAUGAAUUCGGAUAAAAUUAUUAAAAAUGAAAAUAUAGAAAGAAGUGAAAAUGUAGAGUUACAAGUAGAAAAUAUAAAUAAAAAGGCUGAAAAAGUAAUUAGUGAAAAAAGUGAUAAUUUUAUUGAAAGUAACAAUGAAAAGACUGAAGUUAUUACAAAUGAUAAUGAUAAAUUAGAAGAAUUAACAUCGAUUACGAACGAUGUCGAUAAACUUUUAAAAUAUAAAACUCAAGAAACUGAUUAUUUGAUGGAAAAAUUAAAAAAAGAUGUUAAAGAAAUUAAUGAAGAUUUGUUGCAAAAACCAUUUAUAAGUGAAUUUAGCGAUAGUUGUAGUUCAUCUAGUAAUGAAAGUAUUACAACAUCAUUGUUUAAAAAAUAUUGCAGUAUUUCAAUAAUAUCAUCAAGUGAUGAUGACGAAAUGACUAAUAAUAAUGAUAAAAAUAAUUUAGAAAAUUCAACUGAUAUUAAAAAUCAGAAUUUUGAAAAAAUUUCGAAAUUUUCAACAAAUAAACCUGAAAAACAACUAUUAAUUAAUUCAGAAAUAACAGGGAAAGUGAUCGAAAAAGAAAAUUUAUUUUUAUUAGAAAAAUCAAAAGAAAUUCAUAGUCCAAUAUAUUCAACAAUACCAUCAACAUUGUCGCCACCGUCAUCGUCAUUUUCAUCUGAAUCGGAACAUGAAAAUCAAGAAAUUAAUGUGGAAACUGGUUUACAUGAUUAUAAAAAACAACCAGUUAAGCUUUUAUUAAAUAAAAAACCAGAAAUCGCGAAUAUAAAUGCAAAUAAUAGUAACAAUAAUAUGAAACAACAACAUCAUACAGACAACAGCGACAAUAACGAACACCAAGAAACUUUAAAUAAUUUACAAACUAACAAACCCUCUACCGAUGAUCAUAUUAAUCAAAUAUUUAGCUUAGAGAAACUAAAAAUCAGUAAUAAAGGUUCAAUAAAUAGUAUAAAUUUAAAUAAAAAUAUUUUAUAUGAGGAUGAAAAUCUUAUUAUUAGAGAAGACAAUGAUAACGACAAUAAAAAUUUCGAAAUUAGUUGUAGCGUUGAUGAUCAUUACAAUCAAGUUACUGAUGAUGAAAUUCUUAAUAAAAAUGAUCAAGAAAAACAAAAUGUUCAACAAUUACAACUUUUUGAAAAAGAAGAACAACAACAAAGUCAAAAAGCUCAACAACAACUACAAAUAGAAGAACAAAGUGUUUUAUUACCUAACGCAAAAACAACUUUAGAAGAAAUUCAACAACAGCAAGUUAAAAACUUGUUAUUCUCCAAUACCGAAUAUGAUUCCUUCGAUUUGAUACAGGUAAAUAAAAUACAAAUGAGUAGAACAUUACCAAUGCAAUCAACCAGUUCAGAAACUUUUCCUACAACUUACCACAAUACAUAUGCGCAAGUAACUUUAAACAAUGAUAUAAUAAUUUCUACAAUACCAACAAGUACUUCUACUCAUACAACUAUAACUAAUACAACCGCUUCAAUUCCAUCUACUGUUCAUACACUUAACACCAACACGUUAAACGAAAACGUAGGAAAUAAAUCAGCUGUAUUAUAUUCAAAUGAUAAAACAAGUAGGAAUGAUAAAAUGAAUAUAAAAAAUGAAAAUACCAGUAACACACCUUACAACAAUGAUGAGAAUUUUAAUGAAAACAACAACAAUAAAAAUAAAAAUUUACAUUACUACCACUAUGAUGACUUUAAUACUUCAACUGAUUUAAUGACAGACAAAAAGUGUACAACUGUAAAUAUUAACAAAAACAAUAAUAAUAAUAAUAAUAGUAGCCAUAUGCAAACGAAUAAUGGUAACAGUUAUAAUAAUGAAAAACAAUGUACUACAAAUAUAUCUUUAGAGUCAGGUAUUAAGCCACUUUGGGAAGGUAAAAAUGUAUUUAACACGCACACAAAUGCAAAUACUUUCAAAAUUCAUAAUUUUAAAAAUACAACAGAAAAAACAGUAGAGUACGAACAUUCAUACGGUUCAGAUGGUGAUGAUAUAAGUGCACAAUUUGCAACAACAGCAUUAACGGCGGAAAAUAUUUUCUCUCCAAAUAAAAGCGAAAAAACGAACGGUAAUAGUUUAUCAUCAAAAUAUCGUAGUUUAGUAAUGAUUAAUCAAAGUCAAGAUCGAUCCAAUAUAGUAACGUCUACAAGUGCGAUACCAACGACACACAUUUCAACAAACAUGAAUAAAGGAAUAAUAAAAACCCCCCAAAUUAAUAUUAUUGGUGAAAAUACGCAUGUUGUUUUACAACAGUCAUCACAUGAUGAAAAUGAAAUAGGUAACUGUAACACAAAUGUAAUCGUGAAUAGUUCAAACGCAUUUCAUAGCAAUGAUUUCUUAGUUAAAUUAAAAAAUAAUAAUAGUAGCAAUUUUUCACAAAGCAGCAGUAGUAGUGACCUAAAUGAAAUAUCUAAUUAUACCUCAAUGACGUCAUUGUACUUAAAUAAAAAAUUAGGAAAAAAUAAUUCGAAUAGUGUUAAAUAUGAUGAAAAAAUUGAUAACAAUUUUAAUUUAGAAAAUGUUAGUAAAAGUGAAAAUUUAGAAAAUGAAAAUGAAAAUAUACAAAUAAAUAUUUCAGAAAUAAAUUUAUUUAAAAGUGAUUCUAGUGAUAACAAUGACGUCAAUUUAAUAACAACAAUAACUACAACCAUACCGAAUGCGUUAAACUCCGCGGUUUGUCUUGAAGACGGUUUAGCAGAUGAUGAUUCAUGGGUCGAAGAAAUCAGUCAAGAUGAAGAAGAAUUCGCAGGCACAACCACUACUGCUACCGAUUCGGAUAUUGAUUCGGGUGAAGAUAUAUCGUUAUCUUCAUUAAUCGAUCGUGAAGAAGAGUUACGUGGCUAUAAUCGGACGGCUAUAGAUUUUACAUUACAUACGAUUAUCGAAGAAAGUUGCGAAGAGUGGAGCGAAGUUGAACAAAUCGAGGAUAACAGUAGGAAAUCGAAUCGAAAUUAUAGUGUCGGUAAUAGCGGUGACGGUAAUGGUGGAAGUAGUAGUGGAGCAAUUAAGAAAAAAAUUCAACAAUCUUCACCAUCCGAGUUAGAAAAAUAUUUUGUUUUCGGAUUGGGUGAAGGAAAUAUUAUGAGCUCGAUUGACACGAAAGAAGAAAGUAGUUCAGAAGUAAGUAGUGUGUGUAGUGAAGGUAUAGAUUCCUUAAGUGAACCACCGAUUGAUAUUAAUAACGAACAAGCAAACGAUGCUGCUGAAUUGGCAUGUUCCCGUUUAGAAAAAUAUUUUUUGUCUGGUUUUAUGGGAUAUUCUCAAACUGAGCGAAAUGAAUCAGAUGAAAGUGGCAGCGUUGGUAGUGACAGUGAAGGACAUCCAAGUCCAAGUCAGAGAAGAAAACGUUUAGUAAGAGCUAGAGGUACGCCAAGAUCUCAAAAUUCGUCUCUUGAUAAUUUAUUAGCUAAGGACAAUGAGAGUAAUGAAACACUAAUAUGUGAAAAUCAAAAUGAUACACAUGAUUCUUCAGAAUCAGAAAACUGUGACGAUACAGUUAUACAUGUGGAAAAAUCCGAACAUGAUACAAUUAAACGCAAAAAACAAGCGAGAAAACGACAUGAUUCAGACGAAAAUGCACGAAAACCAAUCGAAAAUGAAGAAAACAAUUUCUCCGAUAAAAAUAAUGAAAUUUUACAACCUGAUUACUUGCUACCAACUUACGGUAGUAACUUAGCUCAAUCUAAAAACCAACAUAGCCGCGACAGUGGAUUUAUUGGUAGCAAUGAUGAUCUUCUUAAAAAUGACGAAUGCGUUAGAUCUCCUGAAUUGAAAAUAGAAUUAGAAGAUAUUAAAGAAGAUUCACAAGAAAACAAAGAGACUGAUUCUAAUAAUUUCCUACAAGAUUUACAACAUCCAAAUACGUCUAAGAAACCACCUUUACAUCCACAAUCGCUUACACGAAAAGAUAGUUUCAAUAAUUGGAGUUCCGAUGAAGAAACAAAUUUAAUGAUGUCAAAAAUGCGUCAAUUUUUCAAAACUUUGGUUGCAGCCAGCGCUAAUGCCAGCAGCUCUAAAAAUUCAACUCCGAUUGUUAGCGGAACAAGUACACCUAAGGGAUCAACGCCUGUCGCAAGAGUUAGAAAUCGAAAUAAACCAGCACAAUUGGCUUAUUUUGAAAGUGAGCUAACACGAUUAAUGAAAACUGUGCCAGGUAUAAAUGACGAUCAAGUUCGCGAAAUUGUUGAGUACUUAAGUAGUGAAGACACUUGGUCUGAUUCAUACGACUCUUCUGAUUACACUAGCUCCGAUUUAGAAGGAGCUGUUAACAAAUCUAAAAACUCAGUACUAAAAGAACAAAUAUCCGCAAGCUGUCAACAAAUCAUAAAUAAAUUUGAUAAUCCAGUUAAUGAUAGAGAAGGUGAUCUUGGUGACGGUGGUUUAUUGGAAGAAAAACACAAUUUGAAUCCAGAAACAGCUUUAGUUUAUCAAAAAUUGGUUGCAUCUUUUUCGAAAAUGACAACCGGAAAUGAAGAUAAAACUGAGCAAAUUGAUUCAAAUCAGAUUAAUCAACAAUCUUCAUCAAAUGUUGACCAAUCAGACAAAUCGCCACAAUUGUUAGCUAAAGUUAUGCAUCAUAUCGGAACAAGAUUAGUUGCUCUCAUGCAUGAAGUAAGUAGUGGUGAUUCACGUGCCAGCAAUUCUCCGGUAGCACCACAACGAUAUCAUAAACGAAUUCACCAAAAAGUACUGAAAAAGGGCGACAAUAACGACGAUGAUGACAGCCUAUCUGACUGCAGCAAUAUAGAUAGAAUAAAUGAUGGAAGACAUCAAACUGUACAAGUGCAAAUUAAUAAUUCAAACACAUUAUCCACAACAACAACACAAGUAAAUGCACCAACUGAUUCUCUUGGUUUAAACCUACCACGAAGUAAAUCACAUGACUUAUUAUUAAGCGAUGCUAGGCCACAACAUCAUCAAUCUAGUAGUGGUGUUAGUGAUACAGCUGGUGAAGAAAAUGUUGCCAGCGAUUAUGAGCGCUUCUCGUGGCGCGGUAGUUUUGAAUCAGCAUUACUGGCUAAUGGUGAUUCCAGAACUAAAUUAACAUUAUUAGAUAGAGAUAAUUCAUCAUCUGCAUCCGCUUUGGCUGCAAAGCGUCGUUCAGCAGGUGAUUUAUUAUUUAAUCCAACAAGAUUAAGCCAAGAACAAUUAGAUCGUGUACGCAGUUGUGGAAGUAUAGGUGGUUCAACAGUAACUGAAGAAAAUGAACUACAAGCUACAAAAUCAUGGAAUACAUCUAUAAAUCAUCAUCAUCAAAGUAAUUUACAUGUACCACAAAAUUCAUCGAACCGUCGAAGAUCAAGUGUACCAGAUUCAAUAUGCGAAUACGAAGCGACAUCUGACGAAGAUAGUAAUGUAGAUGGAAAUUUCAAUAAAACAAGAUCAACUUUACCACGUAGCUUACAAAAUUUCCAAACAAAUGUACCAAACACAAAUUCUCUUCCGCGUUUACCAACUACACCAUUAAUGACAUCAUCUCCGAUUUCAAAAGCACAAAGCGUUUAUCAAUUUUUACCGAGUAGUGUUAAGAGCGCUCGUUAUAGACCACCUGGAGUUAAUAAUAGUCGUAGUAAUUCUAUAACGAAAAAAUCUUCAUCAACUUCUGGGUUAUCCCAGCUUCUUUAUUCAAGAAGAGAUGGAAGACGGAAAUUUAAUAUUUUAGGAACCAAUGAAGCUGCAACAAAAUCUAAUGUUGAUAUUAGUAAUUCACCAAUAAUAGGAGCAAAAAGUAAAACUAGUACGAAUGCUAGUCCAGUAGCAACUCCAGGUUCUGCUUCUAGUGAUCCAUGGCCAUCUCAAUCAGAUGAAGAUAUUGAUCGUUUAGUUGCUUUACAUCAAAAUCGCAAUAGUUUAAGUUCAUUAGGGCUGAGGUCAGAUUCUAUGGCAAGUGUUUAUUCCGGAGCUGGUGAUGGUCGUUAUGGUACAGUUGUUGUAAAAGGACAAGUUGAAUUCGGAAUGCAAUAUAAUUAUAAACAAAGUGCUUUGGAAAUUCAUGUAGUUCGUUGUAAAGAUUUAGCAGCUGUUGACGCUAAACGUAAUAGAAGUGAUCCUUAUGUUAAGGUUUAUUUAUUGCCAGACAAAUCAAAAGGAGGGAAACGUAAAACAAAAGUUAAAAAGCAUACACUCAAUCCAAUUUUUGAUGAAGUUUUACGUUUUCAUUUACCAUUGAGCAGUUUAGAAUCAAGACAAUUAUGGUUAACAGUAUGGCAUUCCGAUAUGUUCGGACGUAAUGAUUUCUUAGGUGAAGUGACAAUCAAUUUAGCUGGACGUCUUUUUGAUAAUCCACAUCCACAAUGGUAUCUUUUACAAGAAAGGAGUGAACCUUUCGAUGACAUAUCAGUAUAUCGUGGUGAUAUUAUAGUAGGACUUAAAUUUGUUCCGCCUGAAAAUGCAAAUUCUAAAAAUAGUUUAACACGUGGCAGUAAUUCAAAUCUUAAAAAAUUUGGAAGUAUGAAAGGAAAUUCAAAGAAUUUUUCAACAAAAGGCCAAUUACAUGUUUUAGUUAAGGAAGCGAAAAAUUUAACUGCAAUAAAACCAAAUGGAGUAUGUGAUGCGUUCUGUAAGAGUUAUUUACUACCAGAUAGGACAAGAAGCUCAAAACAAAAAACACAAGUAGCGAAACGAACUAAUAACCCUGUAUGGAAUUAUACUUUUGUAUAUGAAGAUGUUUCAUUACAGGAACUCGCUGAAAGAGCAUUAGAAUUAACAAUAUGGGAUCAUGAUAGAUUGGCUAGCAAUGAAUUUUUAGGCGGUGUAAGAUUCUCAUUAGGAACAGGUAAACAUUAUGGUAAAAUUGUUGAUUGGAUGGAUGCAACUGGUAAAGAGCUCUCUCUAUGGCAAAAUAUGUUAAAUCGACCAAAUUUUUGGGUAGAAGGUGCACUAAUACUACGUUCAUCAUUAGAUGGAGUUAGGGCAUUACCAUAAGGUGAUAAUUACAUAAACUGAAAAUUAAAAAAAAAAAAAAACAUACAAAAAAAAAACCAAUUACUAAUAUUAAAAAUUCAGAUAAAUAAAAAGUGUCUGUAACUAUAUACUAAUUGUCAUAUACAUACAUAUAUUAUAUACCUAUGUAUUAUGCAUAUAAAUAUAUUUAUAACGCUUAAAAAAACAGAAAAUAAUUUCAAAUUUAAAAAUAAUAAAAUUUAUAUAUAUAUAUAAAAGUUCUUGUAGAUUUUAGAAAAUUUUCACAACUAAGCGAUGCAAAAAGAAAUACUAAAUUAUAAUAUUAUAAAAAAGUUUCAAUUAUAUAGAGAAAAAAAAAACAAAAAUUUUGUUAUUAAAACAUUAAAAUUACACAUUUAUUAUGUAGAAAUAAAAAAAUAAAAUGUAUAUAUAAAAUACAUAAAAUACUACAUACAAUAAAAAAAAAACAAAAUUGUUCGUUAAUUAUGAAACAAAUAAAAAUUAACCAUUUUCUUUUUCAAAAAAUUAUUCAUCAAAUAAAAUGAAAGUCUUAUACAAAAUUUAAAAUGAAAGAAAAAAAAUAAUAAAAUUAAUUAAUACAUAUAUACAUUGGAAUUUAUUUAUUUAUAUACAAUUUUAAUUAAAAGAAAUUUCAAAAUAGAAUUAAUUAAAAAUUUAAAUGUCAAAUAUUAUAAAUGACAAUUAUAAAUACUUUAAAUUAUAUAGUUUGUAUAACCAUAUACUGUCAUUAAAAUCAAAAUAAUUUGAUUUGAUCCACUGCCUAGUUAACAUAAGGCACACAAGCAUUAAAAAAAAUUUUUACAAAGCUAGUGUUACAAAAUCAGUGCUGAAUUAGUAAAAUUGUUCUUUUGAAUUAUAAAAAUUAAAUUAAACCCUAUUCACAUUAUUACUUCUAUACUAAUAAAUAUGAUAUUAACAAGUUAUAGAACCCGAUUAUAUGUUAUCAGAUUCACAUUGCAUUGACAUAUUUCCAGCUAACAUUUUAUUCUUAUAAUUUAUUAAAAUUAUUCUUUUAAAAAAUAAUAAAAGUUACUGUGUUGUCAACUUAAAUUUUUUGAAAUUAAAUUGCUAAAACCAAAAAAAAA